AUGUUACGAAUAUUAUUAAUAAUUAUAUUCUUAUCAUAUUAUCAAGCCGAAAGUAUUCAAAUUGAAUAUCCACCUAGUAAACAUAUUGUAGAACGAAUACGUACGGAUCUUAAUGCAAUCGAUCAAAUUUUUCGAUAUUAUAUUAUUCCACGGGAAAUUCAAUUUCAUGCCGAUGCUUUACAAGGUCAAUUACCAUUUUUUUUAAAAUGUAAAGGAUCAAAAAGUUCAAUAAAUUUUACUGUUCCAAUAGCAGCGAUUGAUCAUUUGUCUCUUAAUAUGGAUUAUAGUUCUUAUACAAUUACUGCUACAUUAAGAAGAAAUCAACUUCGAUCAGAGCUUGUCGGACGUUAUACAUGUUUAGAAAUGAUUGAUGAUAAACAAAUUGAAACAUCUGUUCAUGUAUUUAUUCAAGAUGGAAAUUCUGUUUUUACAAAAAGAGUUUAUCCGAAAAUUUUUAAACAAACAGGUAUUCAUUUUUUUAAUUUACCAUGUCAAACAACAAGUUGGUAUCCACGAAUGUUAUGUCCAAUGUCAGCUGAUACAAGACAAUGUAAAGUACGUGAAUGUAAUUCAAGAGAACGUCAAGUUAAUGAACUUAAAUGUAAUACACCUAUAUGUGAUGGACAAGAUAUAUGUAUUCCUGUUUAUUAUACACCAUCAGAUUUACAACCUACAAAAGUUUUUUUUGAUCCACAAAUUGGUUUUGCAUUAGAAAAUCCGACAAUACCAAAGAUAUUAACUGAAUUUAUUUGUAUGAGUAAUUAUACACCAAGUCAAAUAUCAAAAAUCCCAUUUGAUUCAUUCGAUCCUGAUUUUGUUCAAAUUCAUCAACCAAGUUUAAAUGUAAUGCCAGAUGAAACUGUAAGAUUAAGUUGUGAAAUUCAAUAUGGAACAAAAGUUGGUCGAAAACUACCAAAUAUUUUUUGGUUUGAAGAUAUUUAUAAUCUUAAUCUUGUAGCAAAUGAAACUGGAAAAGCUUCAUUUAAUGUUUUUACACAAAUUUAUAGUCGAAAUAGUUCAAUAACUCUUCGUGGUUUUAAAGCAAAUCAAGUUUAUCGAUUUUAUUGUGUACGUGUAUCUGAACAAGGAAUUUAUUCACGUUCUGUUGAUAUUAAAUGUAUUGAUGAACCAUCACUUGAUCUUGAAGUUACUUCAAGUGGAUCAGAUACUUAUGAUCAAGUGUCUUAUGGUUCAGAUAGUAGUUAUGAUAUAACUAUUUUUACUAUUCCACGUUCAAAAAUUCUACUUGAAAUAACACGUAAUGGAUUAUCAUUAGCAAAUGAUAAACGAUUUGAACUAACACUUCUGUAA